AAUAAAUAGGGAUAUGAAUUCACUACCGUUUAUGCCCAUGGUUGAUAAAAUAAACACUUUUAACAAUGUGAGAAUCGAUCCUGAUGAAAGCUGCCAAGUCGAGCUUGAAGCUGAAAGCACUAUAUUCUUCAACGACACUUGUUCAGGAAUCAAGCAUUUUGAGGAGAAAAAUCUGCAUGGAAUUACAAGAUUCCAGCAUGAUGAAAGACCUAAAAAGGAGAGGUUAAAGAAGCAUUGCAAAAUGACAAGUAAUAAGCUGAGUAGCAUUUACUUGAAAGAAAACAAUCAAAGAUCUAGCGCGAAGAAGAAAAUGCAUUCUCCAGUGGCGAUUAAGGUCUCUACUCCAUAUUUGAGUGCCCUUAAUUCUCAAAACCAAUUAAGCUCUGCUCGGAAGAACUCAAUUCUCUCAGAUAUGAGAGUUGAGCAAAGAACUUUAGAGAGCAGUUUGCAUAAGCAGAUCAACAGUGGAAGAGCCUGAAAUGAAUUAUCCAAGAAACAACGCGACAAAAGACUAAGUCAUCAGAUUAACCAGUGCUCUAAGUUCAUAUCACAAGAUCUGUCACAACGAGAUUUCAUCAACUCCAAUGCUCAAAAAGAGAACAUCUGCAUAAAGGAUGUUAUUGAGAAGUAUUCUCCCCCUGAAGUUAAGGCCACUGUUGAGAAGACUCCUAGGAGUGACAGUGGAGAGAGAUCUAACUCUCACAACUUCUCCAACUCAGGAAUCGAGGAGAAGAAAGUCAUCACAAUGAAUAUGAAUAAAUAUUCUAACUUGAAGUACAAUAAGCCUGGGAAGAAGAAUCAAGAGAGGAUGGAAACCUCUUCCGGUGGGUUUGCUCAAGCCGAUCAAGAUUAUUUCAAAACAUUCGAGGAAUACGAAGCUGAAGAGAAUUUUGAACCAGAUGAAGAAACCGUUGAGGAAUUUGAAAGACCCAAUAAGGCAAAAAUUGGUGAUGCCAAGAAAAAGAAAAUGUAUAAGAAGUAUGAUGGAACAAAGCUUGGGCAAGCUUUCAACAUCAAUUUCUUACCAGAUAAUGAAAAGAAGUUUAAAAAUGAAGUAAAAUUUGACAAACCACAUAAUUAUCCACAUGGAUUCACAAAGGGCGAAGAUGCAUUGCUUAAAGUACAAAAGUUUGAGGCCCAAGAUCGCUAUAGAAAUAUCUCUCAAGAAAGAGAGGUCACACAACGUAUGAAUAGGCAUAACUCUCAGGAAAACAUCAUGAGCUCUUCUCUCAAGCAAAAACUAAGCAGAACGAACUUCUCUAAAAAUGCUACAGCUAGAAAACAAGAGAAUUCUGGAAGUAUUUCUCAAAGAAGGUACAAUGUGUGUAGUUUCAUCAAAGAUCCAGAGCAACAACUAGAACAAAAGCCGAAGAAGAUGAAGAAGGAAGCCUUCGAUAAGAUCUACAGGAGAUUCAUGAAGGAUAAGAAGUCGGUAGACUUGAAAUUAGAGGAGAAGAGGAAAUUACUCAAAAUUGCCCAAGAGAAUGAAAUUAGAGAACUAGAGAAAGCACGCAAAUAAAGUUGGUAGCAAGGCUCAGGUUGAAAACUAUAUCCAAAAAGUCCAAGAUGAUAUCCAAACCAGACUGUUUAAAGCAGAGAAAAUGAUGCAUAAAUAAGAGUAUGGAUGAGCAGAGGGAGCAGAAAGAUUGGUUCAAACCUCAUACUAAUGGCCAUAAAAAUCAACAAGAGGGUUCGAUAAGAACUGUUCAUGCUUUUCACAGUCAGACCCCUUUUGAUGAAAAUUUACCAUCUUUAGAGAAGUCAAAAGAGUUUAAGAAUACUGAUUAUGAGAUGUUCCAGGUACCAGAAAGCAAUCGGCUCCAAGAAAUAAAUGAAGAUUUUGAAAAAUUAAGGCUAAAGAAAGAAAAAUUGCAAAAAGCAACACAGGAGCUCCUUAAUCCAAAAUUCCCAAAAAGUGAAUCUCUCAAGCAAAACAUACCUGAAAUGACUCAAGCUUAUGGAAGGAAUUCUGAUUAUUGAGGGACAACUUUGGUAACAAGUCAUGAGACCUAUGCAGGGAAUAAGAAAAAAAUCAGAAAGAAAACAAAUCACAGCACAAUGAAUGGAACUACAUCUAAGCAAAGCUUUUUGUGUUUGAGUGGGUCUAAAUCAAAGAAGAAAAUGCUUCGGUCUCCAGAUGCAAAACCUGGAGAAAAUCUCCAUAGCAUUUGGGCAGAUUACAUCCGUGAAAAGCAGGACCCUUCGAUGAUUCAGUCUCAAACAUAAGUGGAUAUGAGCAGAGCCCAUUAAAUGAAUCCGUUUGAUAUUUGAUAAAUCUGUUAAAUAUUUU